CCUCCAAGCUGCUUGACACGAGGGUCGGUUGAGUGUCACCCUGCGGUAGCCAGGCAAUGAACAACAUUUGCACCUGCUGCGUGCCAAUAGCUCUAAAUGUGCAAUACGACGUCCUGGUAUUUAGCUUUGGUGGCAGCCCGGCUGUUAGUUUUGCCCCAGCUAGCCCCCUGCGACGCGUGUUCUGCGACACCAUACCCGCUCUCGCGCAUCGGACAAGACACAGCUUUCGUGUCAACGCCAUUUCUACCACGGCUCUCCAGGAGGACAAGGGCCGCGGCUCAGGCUAACAGCGGAGCCACAUCUCCUGUGCAGAUGAUGGCAGUGGUUGCUGACGGAGAAGCGAACGCAUCGUCAACCGCCGCCCCUGCCGCGUUCAUGACAGUGACAAGGGCAGCAGCGGCAGUAAACGAUGCGCAGCAGCAGCAAUUGAAGCUGCGCAACCCAGACGGCGUGAGCGAGGCUGCCAUCCAGGACGGCUUGGAUCUGUACCACAACAUCAUGGCCUGUGAAGAUCCCGAGCUCAAGGGGGCACUACAGGAGGCGAUGCAGGUGCUGAACGAUGGCCUGCGGCUGUACGGACCGGACCAGCUGAUUGGCAGCUACAACGGUGGAAAGGAUGCCGUUGUCAUCAUGCACCUGCACAGGGCUGCCGUUGCCAACUACUGCGUGCAGCAGGGGGAAGCCUUCAGGACGAAGCUGGUCUACUUCGAGAAUGACCGCGAGUUCCCGGAGGUGGAGGCGCUAGUAGCAGACAGCGUGAAGCGGUUUGACCUGGAGCUGUCCAGGUAUAAGACGGGAUUUGUGGAGGGUCUGAAGCAACGCAUGGCAGAGGGGGGAAGCGAGAAGAGCUACGGCUUCGUCCUGGGCACCCGCAAGGGGGACCCUAACUGCGGGGUGCAGACGAGUUUCACGCCCAGCAGCGACUGGAUGCCUCCGUUCAUGCGAGUGAACCCGGUGAUCGACUGGAACUACAGACAGGUCUGGGCCUUCCUGAGGGAUUUCGAGUUACCGUACUGCUCGCUGUACGACGAGGGAUACACGUCUCUGGGCAACCUGGACAACACGUUCCCCAACCCCUACUUGAGAAAACGCGCGAGUUCGGCUGCGGUUUCCGAUAAUGGGGGCGCGGAGGGGGUAGAGCCCGCGGGGGAGGGGAUAGAGGAGGAGUAUCUGCCUGCGUACAUGCUCUCGGAUUGGUCGCUGGAAAGAGCUGGGAGAGGCGAACGGAAGACAGACAGUCUCGCGUGCGAGUUGAGAGACCUUGACACCAAGAGAAGAAAAGUGCGGCAAGCUCGAUCGGCAGGUCUUGUCGUUAUCGGCGAUGAGGUGCUAAAGGGGAAGUGCCAGGACUUGAAUACCGCAUUCGCCACCAAGAAGCUUUGGGAGAAGGGUAUUCCUGUGGGUCGCGUAGCGGUUAUCAAGGACGACGAAGAGGCCAUCUGUGACGAGGUACGGCGACAGGUUCAGGAGUUUGACGUUGUGAUCACCAGCGGCGGCGUCGGGCCAACACACGACGACAUCACAAUCUACUCGGUGGCGAGGGCUCUCAAUCAGGCCGUCCGCGAGAACAAGGAAAUGGUGGAAAAGCUCUUGGACCUUGUUGGGGUGGAGAGUGCCAGCCAGCUCACGGAAGCCCAGAUGAAGAUGGCGAUGCUGCCGGAGCUGUCGAAACUGAGGGUUGCGCCGGUAGCGGGGGAUGCCGCGUGGCCCAUCCUGCAGACUGAGAACGUCUUCAUUCUCCCUGGGGUGCCGGAGUUCUUCCAGGGCAAGAUGACGGUUAUCGCCGAUUACUUCUUGGAUUCGCGCCCGAUGCACGUCCGAAAGAUUGUUCUCUCCGCGGACGAGAUUUUGGUUGUGGAGCAUCUCAACCAGGCUGUAGAGGCACACCCGAAUGUUACCUUCGGCAGCUACCCGUACUACUCCAACCCUGCCUUCAAGACGGUAUUCACACUGGAAGGGGAGAACCAGGAAGAUGUCGUGGCGGCCUCGGAGGCGUUGGAGAAGUCACUCCCAGCGGAGUAUUUGAUCAAGGUUGUGGCAGACGACGAUCUCAAGGAUAUCUGAUGGAUCGUGCUUACGUGCUUGCGUCGUGUCGUGGCCAAGUGAUAUGUACAUGUUCGGCGAGAGGCCAUGCCCAACCUCCAGAAACGUCGGGUCAGUAUUAUGACAGCAGUACUCGCGAUGGCGUGAUAGCGCGGUAUUGUCAACGUUUUGUAGGGCCGGUUCUGCGGUAGGUCGGUUCGAUCCCACACCUGAACAUCCCCCAAAAAUACGAGAUGUGUGCCUUUGAGACAUAGAUACGGUCCUCAGGAGGUUUCGAUUCGGAACCUGCUUGUCUGGCGACGGGGACAGGAAUAUGAAUGACACGGUGCGGGAGGAUUUGUUUUUUUGAGAUAGAAGGCUCUGCAGACAUUAUUCGGUCGUGGCAGGAGUGCUUGGGGUUUCGCAGUGUUGUAUGUUCGUCCCACAUCUGUUCUAACGCCAGGCUGCACGCCUUUCGGUGGUACCUCUGCUUGGCGUGUCCACCGGGACCCCAAAGGAGGAUGGUCACACGGGAGUUUUUUUCUUCUUUUUUGGGUGAUUUGCUAAGAGUUGGUCGGUAUAGAUGUCGUGCAUGUAGCUGUUGUGUUGGGUUGUCCACAUAAUCCCAAUCAUGAACGAGAUCUGGUUUGUGAGGUUGAUUGUAUUGUGUGGUAUGUGUUGUUGUUUUAGUGUGUGGCGUCUCGUUUGAUGCCGAGUAGAUGGUAGAUAAAGUCGAGCACGGCCGCAUGUGCUUGGCGACAAGGGGAUGUUUUCGUCAAGCUUAGGUUGUUGACCUGCUGCUGCUGCUGCUGUGAAGAUGGGUGUCGAUCUGAGUUUUGCUUUCCCUCCGUUUGUUUCGGACGCCGGUUUUGCCGUCCCUUUGGUAAAUUAUCUGUCAUCUUCCUGGCGUAUUCUCGCCGCUUGAUCUUCAUUCAGGCGGGCAUGGCCAGGCUCUGAUAAGCGGAAGGUCUGCAACUCUUCGAACGAGCGCGCCGAAAUUGUGUUACCGUGUGGGAGACGAUGACGGCUGUUGAAUUCUCCAGUACACCUCCGUCACGCUUGGUUGCUGUCCGCACGUUCCAAACCAAAUCGGUGGUCGUCAACCAGCAGUAGCAGGACCGGUAGUAUGAAGCCGUUGCACGUGCUGCUCUGCGUCCGGGUGUUGGUGUGUAGUGAAUUCACGCAUUUCUUCGAGGUGAAAAGCAUGUUAUUUUUUGUGGUAGGACGCCAUCGUUCGGUCGAAACCGGCACGUGUGGCAACCCAUGCAUAGACCAAGUAGACGAGAAGCUUAUGUGAACUGAUGAUAGUGUGACGCCAUAGUGCCGGUGGAAGCGCAUAUUUUGCGACCAUCCAUAGAACAAGUAGACUAUAAAGUUAAUUUUUGACGGUUCCCGAAGCCACCAGCUAUCCCUACCUACAGGAGGAACUCAUUACACACGACUGACUUUGGUAUUGCUAACGAUAUUCCCAUCGCUCGUCGUGCACCGGGUGUACACAGCGCUCGCAUCAGGCAUACUGCUGUACUAUGCAGUACCUGAUUCUUCCAAUAUUUUCUAGAGCGUGUGCGGAGGUUACCUUGGGAAUGGGCAGCAGCACACGUCUUGGAGGACAUUUGGUUCCCUCGAUUCUCACUGUACCGAAAGUAGCCUAGUGUGUACUUGCAUAUAUAGCCAAUCGAUCAUGGAAGGUUGGGUUCCAGCAGUAUUCCUUCGCACGAUUCGUUGUGCUCAGAAUCCCCGAGUCUUCCUGUACGUGUGGUCAGAAUGUCUGCCAUGCUUUCAGCGCUGAGAGAAUGGCAGAUAAGCUUGCAUUAUCUAUCGAUUUGGUACCCGGAGUAACUUGCGUUGUAUUUUCCAGGGUAGUCCUCGGUACCAGUUUUUUGACGGUACCAAACGGGACAGUAAUGCAAAAUGACAGUACUUUUUUUACGGUUGACGGUACUUCGUUUUUUGACGGUACCACUUUUGGCGGUCCACGGUACCGCCGAAUUCGCCGGUACUUUUUCGACGGUAUUGAAAAAUGACGGUACUUUUUUCGCGGUUGACGGUAUUUCGUUUUUUGACGGUACUUUUUUGACGGUUGACGGUACUUCGUUUUUUGACGGUACUUUUUUGACGGUAUUGAAAAAUGACGGUACUUUUUUGACGGUACCGAAAUAUGACGGUACUUUUUUCGCGGUUGACGGUAUUUCGUUUUUUGACGGUACUCGUUCGCCGGUACUCCAAAUUGACGGUACUUUUGGCGGUUGACGGUAUUUCGUCGUGCCGGGCGGU